CAGGGGGUUGUUCUGAUGUGCUCUCCUCCGCCUCAUUCACCAGAGAUCGUCUAUAGCUGGGUAUUUAACGAGUUCCCUUCCUUUGUGGCGGAAGACAGCCGGCGGUUCAUUUCCCAGGAGACAGGCAACCUUUAUAUUUCUAAAGUCCAAACAUCAGAUGUUGGCAGCUAUAUUUGUCUGGUGAAAAACACAGUGACGAACGCUCGAGUACUUAGUCCUCCAACACCACUCACUCUCCGUAAUGAUGGUGUGAUGGGAGAAUAUGAGCCGAAAAUUGAGGUCCAUUUCCCUUUCACAGUUACAGCUGCUAAGGGAACAACUGUUAAGAUGGAAUGCUUUGCACUUGGCAACCCAGUUCCAACAAUCACAUGGAUGAAGGUUAAUGGUUAUAUUCCUGGUAAAGCACGUCUGCGUAAAUCUCAGGCAAUACUGGAAAUACCCAAUGUGCAGCUGGACGAUGCAGGCAUAUAUGAAUGCCGAGCUGAAAACUCACGUGGAAAAACUUCCUUUCGUGGACAAUUACAAGUAUACACAUACCCACACUGGGUAGCAAAACUGAAUGAUACUCAGUUAGACAGCGGGAGCCCUCUCCGAUGGGAAUGUAAGGCUACUGGAAAACCCAGACCCACAUACCGUUGGCUGAAGAAUGGAGUACCCCUCUUGCUUCAGAGUAGGGUUGAGAUGGUUAAUGGAGUAUUGAUGAUCCACAAUGUGAAUCAAUCAGAUGCUGGAAUGUAUCAGUGUUUGGCUGAAAAUAAAUAUGGAGCCAUUUAUGGGAGUGCUGAGCUGAAGAUCCUAGCUUCAGCUCCCACUUUUACACUGAAUCAACUGAAGAAAACAAUAAUUAUUACUAAAGACCAAGAAAUCAUCAUAGAGUGCAAACCCCAAGGCUCUCCAAAACCAACCAUCACUUGGAAGAAGGGAGACAAAGCAGUUAGAGAGAAUAAAAGAAUAGCUAUUCUUCCAGACGGGAGUCUACGGAUCUUAAAUGCUUCUAAAUCAGAUGAGGGAGAGUACGUGUGCCAAGGGGAAAAUGUCUUUGGUUCUGCUGAAAUCAUAGCUUUCGUUUCUGUGAAAGAACCUACAAGAAUAGAACUUACUCCUAAAAGAACAGAGUUAACAGUGGGAGAAAGCGUUGUCCUUAACUGCAAAGCAAUUCACGAUGCUAGUUUGGAUGUCACUUUCUACUGGACACUGAAAGGACAGCCUAUCGAUUUCGAGAAAGAAGGUGGACAUUUUGAAAGCAUCAGGCAAGCAUCCUCUGCAGAUUUAAUGAUCAGGAACAUCCUUCUGAUGCAUGCUGGGAGAUAUGGCUGCAGGGUACAGACCACAGCAGACAGUGUGUCAGAUGAGGCAGAACUUCUUGUUAGGGGUCCCCCAGGCCCACCAGGGAUAGUGAUCGUUGAGGAAAUCACUGAGAGCACAGCCACACUUUCCUGGAGUCCAGCUACUGACAACCACAGCCCAAUCUCCUCAUACAACUUGCAGGCUCGCAGCCCCUUCUCCCUGGGCUGGCAAACAGUAAAAACAGUCCCAGAAAUCAUAACAGGGGACAUGGAAUCAGCCAUGGCAGUGGACCUGAACCCCUGGGUGGAAUAUGAAUUCAGAGUGGUGGCCACCAAUCCAAUUGGGACUGGAGAUCCAAGCACCCCAUCUCGAAUGAUCCGCACAAAUGAAGCAGUUCCAAAGACAACACCCACCAAUGUAAGAGGAAGAAGUGGAAGAAGGCACGAGUUAGUCAUCGCCUGGGAGCCAGUAUCAGAAGAGUUUCAGAAUGGGGAAGGCUUUGGCUAUAUUGUGGCUUUCCGACCCAAUGGAACACGUGGCUGGAAGGAAAAAAUGGUGACAUCUUCUGAAGCUUCAAAAUUCAUUUAUCGAGAUGAAAGUGUCCCUCCUCUUACUCCCUUUGAAGUGAAGGUUGGCGUUUAUAACAAUAAAGGAGAUGGACCUUUCAGUCAAAUUGUGGUCAUAUGUUCAGCUGAAGGAGAACCCACUGCUGCUCCCACAGAUGUCAAGGCUACAAGUGUGUCUGUGUCAGAGAUUCUUGUUGCAUGGAAACAUAUUAAAGAGAGUCUAGGAAGACCACAGGGAUUUGAGAUUGGCUAUAGGAAAGACAUGGAACAAGAAGAUGCAGCAGAAACCAUCAAAACUAGGGGCAAUGAGUCAUCUGUCAUCCUGACAGGAUUAGAAGGAAAUACAUUAUAUCACUUCACAGUGAGAGCUUAUAAUGGAGCUGGAUAUGGGCCACCUAGCAGUGAAGUGAGUGCAACCACAAAGAAAUCCCCCCCCAGUCAAGCACCUAACAACCUCAGGUGGGAGCAACAAGGCUCUCAGCUUUCUCUGGACUGGGAACCUGUCAGACCAUUAGCCAACGAGUCUGAAGUCAUGGGCUACAAGGUAUUUUAUAGGCAAGAGGGUCACAGCAACAGUCAAAUUAUUGAAACACAGAAACCUCAAGCAGUAGUCCCACUCCCUGAUGCUGGAGUCUAUAUUAUUGAAGUUCGAGCAUGCAGUGAAGGAGGGGAUGGAACCGCUAGCUCCCAAAUCAGGGUCUCAUCAUAUUCAGGUGGGAAAAUCACUAGUGCUCAGUCAACCCUCCACACUCUUUCCACGUCCUCGUCAUCAGUAACGUUGUUUUUGGCAUUGAUGAUUCCUUCAACCUCUUGGUGAAAACUACAGACUUAAUUUGCUUUUCUUUACUUUAGCUUGAUAACAGCAGUGAAUAGAGUGUAAUGUAAGUGGAGACCCAGGACCUUGAGAUAAGCAUUAAAAACUUGGAACUACACAUGUUGCACUUACAGGAGGUUGGGGGGAAUAUUACUUAUCCGUCAGGUUUCUCUUUGGUUUUUGUAAAUGGAGAGGACAGUUACUGGUCCAAUAAAAAUAUGCAGAUUGUACGUAAUAAAUUUUGUAAGGAAAGGUAA